AUGAAUAACAAGGAGAUAAGGAUUGGCGCCUUGUUAGUAUUGGACACAUUGUUCUUUCUUCUCGAGGCCAUCAUCGGUUACUCUGUCCAAUCCUUGGCAUUGAUUGCCGAUUCAUUCCACAUGUUAAAUGAUAUCAUCUCGUUAAUCAUAGCCCUUUGGGCCGUUCGAAUGAAGAACUCGAAACCGGCCGAUGGCAAGUACACAUAUGGAUGGCAAAGAGCUGAGAUUUUGGGUGCAUUAAUCAAUGCUGUGUUUUUGAUUGCCUUGUGUUUUACAAUUAUUAUGGAUGCCAUUCAACGGUUUUUCCAACCGGCAGAGAUCACCAACCCUCAGUUGAUUUUAGUGGUUGGUAUUGCUGGGUUGUUGAGUAAUGGUAUUGGAUUGGUGUUAUUUCAUGAACACGGUCACUCGCACUCUCAUGGUGGAGGUGGGGCAGAUGUUCAUGGCCAUGGACACUCGCAUUCACAUACAGAUGGAGGUGCCAGUGGUCAUAGUCAACAUGAUGUGCCCAGUAAUGGUGAACUUGAAUCGAGUAUUGGUUUGGAUGAGAAUACUCCAUUGAUUAGAAAUCCUAUUAGAUCUUCUCCUUCUGAAGUGUUUGAUUACUUCCCUGAUAAUGUUGUUGAGAGGUAUAAUACAGAGACAUCGACAAUUAAGGCAGGAGAUGCAAGUGAAGGCGCUCAUACUCAUGAUCACAGUCAUAAUGGCGAUGUCGCAACCAAAGGCGUAGCUACCAAGAAGAAGAAGAAGUCAAUGAAUAUGGAAGGUGUGUUUUUGCACGUGUUGGGUGAUGCAUUGGGAAAUGUUGGUGUUAUCAUAACUGCCUUGAUCAUAUGGAAGACUGAUUACUGGUGGAGGUUUUAUUCCGAUCCAGUUACUUCAUUAGUAAUCACUUUGAUCAUUUUCAAUAGUGCAUUACCAUUGUGUCGUAAAUCAUCCAAGAUUUUACUUCAAGCUACACCACCAUAUAUCGACUCAGAUCAAAUUUUGCAACUGAUUUUGAAGUUACCUUUGGUCAACAGUGUUCAUGAUUUCCAUGUGUGGAAUUUAAACGAAGAUAUACUUAUUGCUUCUUUACAUAUUGAAUUGACGCCGAAUUGUGAAGUGACCUUGCCAGGAGCACCAUCGGCAGCACCAGCCAGCCAAAAUGGUGCAACCAACACCAAUGAAGCCGAAGACGAUUCUGCAAACACGCAAAUUGACAGAAACUUGUUUUUGACUGUCGUGGCACAAGUACGUGAUCUUUUACACAAGUAUGGCAUUCAUUCAGUCACAAUCCAACCAGAAUUCCCUAGUUUGAAGAACCAGAACUCGGGCCUGACGCCAAAUGAUUUGGAAGAUUCCAACGCAUUUGGUAAUACUUCUAAACAGAAUUGUUUAGUCGAUGGAUUCACGAAUUGUGAUACGCAAUCUUGUCAUUGA